AUCCUCUACAAGAAUCCAAAGCCAUCCCCUCAUCUAUAUCUUCUCUAGCUCACCACCCAGCUACCAAUAAUCAAAUCAGAAUGCACUUCAUCAAGACUUCCAUUGCUCUCCUCGGAGCCCUUGCCUCCACCGCAGCAGCCCUCCCCGUUCAGGAGAACUCAGUCGCGGCCCGUGAGCCUUCCAAGCAAAAGUACGACACCUACGAUGCUGCCCUAGCCGUAGAGAAGCGAGAGCCCUCUAAGCAGAAGUACGAUACGUACGAUGCUGCCCUUGAGCACGACCACGACAAGCGCUCCAAGCAGAAGUAUGACACCUACGAUGCUGCUCUUGAGCACAACCACGACAAGCGCUCCAAGCAGAAGUACGAUACCUAUGACGCUGCUCUUGAGCACGACCACGAAAAGCGUUCGAAGCAGAAGUACGAUACCUACGAUGCUGCUCUUGAGCACGACAAGCGCUCCAAGCAGAAGUACGAUACGUACGAUGCUGCUAUCGAACACGAGCAUGAGCAUGACAAGCGCUCCAAGCAAAAGUACGACACUUAUGAUGCUGCCUUAACCGCUGAGAAGCGAUCUAAGCAGAAGUAUGACACUUACGACGCUGCUUUGGAAACUGAGAAGCGUGAGCCUUCUAAGCAGAAGUACGACACAUACGAUGCUGCUCAGCAGGCGUAAGCGAAGAAUAACCCCGUAGUUAUCGUGUAGAUUAGGCUGUUGCUACUUCUGUCGAUCUUCGCACGAUAAGCUUCUAGGGAACCCGGCAGAGUAGCUAUGCGCUGAGGGGGCAUUGGCUUUGGUUACGAGCUAGGGUAUUCAAGUAUUAGGGAUCUUGAGAGGGAAUGCUGGGUAGGACAAGCAGAGAGGUCGCACGAGUUCGAAGUCUCCUAGGGACACUCACUCAUUUGAGUAGUAUGUAUCGAGUAAGUUAUUACUUUGUAGAUACGAAUGACGAAUGACGAAUGAAAAUUGAGUUACU